AUGGCCCUGAGCUCCUGGUCCGCAGAGCUGGGACUCCGCGAGAAGUCGGUGCGGGCGGCAGCCGUCUCCACCGGCCCCUCCCUGGAGUUAUGCACCUUCCCCCCAACCCUGGGCUCCUCGGUCGCGGCCGCCGCCCUGGAGCAGCUCUCUGUUGUGGAAAAAUCAUUGCAAAGUGACUAUUUUAAAUGCAACGAAGAAGCUAGGACCUUUCUUAAGGACAUUGCUUUCGCUGUUAAGAAAUUGGAAGAAAUGAGAAAAUCUACAAUUGAUCGUCUGGAAAUUGAAAGCAUGGAGCUCAGCAGACUGUACUAUCUAUUGGAAACUCUCCCUUAUAGCGUCCGUGGAGAAUUUGAAGAAUGUGUCAGAGAUGCUCGCAGAUUAAACCUUUUUGAGAUAAAUCAAUUACAAAUGAAAAUUUCAAGGAUGAAUAAUGAAAUAGAGUCUCUGAAGAAGAGAAUACUUGAUCUGAAAAAUAUUAAUACAGCUCUGGGUGAAAAGCAGGAGGAAUUGGCAAGGCAACAUGAAAAGGCUGUUGUGUCACUCAACCACAUGAUGGAAGAAAAAGCUGCUACUGCUGUUCACAUCAAUGAGACUUACACCAAAAUAAACUUGGAGAAGGAGGAAAUAGAAUUGCAAAAAAAAUUGGUUCAAGAUAUACAGGAGGAAAUGGAAAAAGAAAGAGAAGAAUAUUUGAAAAGAAAACAAAAAUUGAAUGAAGAGAUUGAUGAAUAUAAAAAAUGCUGUGAACUUAAGAAAAAUGAGACUUAUGAAAAGAAGAAAGAAUUGGAUAAAUUAAGGCUUAAAAUGUCAAAAGUUAAAGAAACGGUUACUACCAGCACAGUGGUUCUUAGUGACCACAAUUUAGAGAUUGCGCUACUACGGGAAUCAAUCAGACAUUGGGAAGAAGAGGUUGAGGAAAUGAAGAACUCCUGUAAGACCAUGGAGGACAAAAUGCGUUUUUUUCUAGACAACAAGGAAAAACUGGAUAAUGCAUCUAACAUUGAAAAAACUGAAUUCUUGCGGAAGAUAAUGGAGAUAGCUGAAAAACUACAGAAAUGUCGUUUAGAGAACAAAGAUCUACAAGAGAAAUUGUAUAUUCUUACCAGACAAUGCAAGAUUGUCUCAAGUGAGGAGGGUAGAGUUUUUAUGCAGAAACGGAAAAUUUACGAUGAAAAUCAGAAACAACUGGCAUUUAUUGCUCAGAAAGAAAACUUCCUGUCACAGAGAAAAGUAGACAUCAAGAACAUGAAAGAAGGACUUGUGGUUCUCCAUGAUCUCCAUCGAGCAACAAAGCAAGUAUAUCGGAAACAAAUAAAAAUCCUGAGUGAUAACCUGGAAAGAGAAAGUCAGAGAUGUGUUAUAACUCAGUGGAAAGUAGCUUGUGUGAGAAAAAAGCAUGAACGUUGGGCAGUCAGGAUAAAGAAUGAAAUAGAAGUAAUGGCACAUAAAAUUCAGAUUGCAGAACGUAAACGCGCUGAAUUAUUAAAUGAGACCAGUUUUAGAGAAAAAGAGAUCAAGGAAUUUUUGGAACAGAUUGAAAAACUUACAAGAGAAUUAAAACAAGAGGAGGAGGAAUUUGUUGCCAAAGAAAAAAAGUUAAUUCGAGUGUUGAGCAAGUAUGAGCAAAGAUUUGUUAAGGAAACGCAAAGUAACAGAAUAAAGGAAAGUGAACUAGUCGAGUGUCUUCCACAACUCCACGAGGUGGAAGAAGAGUAUAUGGCCAAAAACAGACGACUGGAAGAGCUCAGUGAUAUUCUCACAGCACAAAAGCAGGAGCAGAAUUUAAUGAAUGGUUACAUUUCUCAAUGGACAAAGGACUUUUCAAGAUACUUUAGCAGCACGGAUAAAGUGAAGCAAGAAUUAAAAGAAUUACGAGAUCAAGAAAGCCAAAAAAUCAAAACCCAUUUUGAAAUUCUAAAGAACUUAGAAAAUGAAAUCUAUGUACAUGACCUGAAAGUAGAAGUUUUGCUCCUGGAAAAUAAAAGAUUAAAAGAAUAUAUCUCAUACCUGAAGAAGAACAUCGAGCAAUACAGACAGGAAGAAGAGGCCCUCGUGUCCACCUCAAGUGACCUGUCUUGGGAGCUGAUAUCUUGUCAGAAACAAUAUUUGGAUUUGUGGGCUGAAUUUAAGGCCACCAUGAAGGAAUUGGUAGGCAGUGGUGACGAGACCUUGCAAGAAAUAAAAAAUCUCAUACACAAGCUGUAUGAAAGAGAUGAAAAAAUCCAGUCCAUCGGGACUUGGCUGCAAGGGAACCUUGGAGAGCUGCGUUCUCUUACGGAACAGGAAUCGCAAGCAGACCUUUAA